CUACAAAUCAGGGAAGACGGGAAAUGCUGUGUGAAAAUAGCAAUCCAAAAGUUCUUAGUAAACUGCAGCCAGAGAGACUCAGUCUAGGAUGGAGGUAGGAAGAGCUGAGACAGAGUGGGCUUAAAUCUAAGCUUUUCUUCAGGCUGAGUUUCUGUUGCUUGUUAACUUAGUGAAUUUACAGAUGUAUUGCUUACUGGUGGUGUGAAGGCUGGGACAGAACCAACAUCAACAUACUGAGCUAGAGUUUGGAAUACCAGUGUGUGUGUGUGUGUGUGUGUGUGUGUGUGCGCGCGCGUGUGUAUGAAUUCAGUGUUUUUAAGGGAGAUCAAGAGCUUCGAACAGAUCUUCAACCCAGAAGUUACAAAGCAGCAUCCUGAAGGCACAUUUGAAGAGAGAAGUCUUGAGAUGGCUCCCAAUAAUUGUUCCCAACUGAACUUGGAAGUGGACCCUUUCUUGUCCUGCAACGACACCUUCAAUCAAAGUCUGAAUCCCCCCAAGAUGGACAACUGGUUUCACCCAGGAAUCAUCUAUGUCAUUCCUGCAGUUUAUGGGCUUAUCAUCGUAAUAGGCCUCAUUGGCAACAUCACGCUGAUCAAGAUCUUCUGUACCGUCAAGUCCAUGCGAAAUGUGCCAAACCUGUUCAUCUCUAGCCUGGCUUUGGGAGACCUGCUGCUGCUGGUAACAUGUGCCCCUGUGGAUGCCAGCAAGUACCUGGCUGACAGGUGGCUAUUUGGCAGGAUUGGCUGCAAAUUGAUCCCCUUUAUACAACUGACUUCAGUGGGGGUGUCUGUCUUCACACUUACAGCACUGUCAGCUGACAGGUACAAAGCCAUUGUCCGGCCAAUGGAUAUCCAGGCAUCCCAUGCCCUGAUGAAGAUCUGUCUCAAAGCUGCCUUGAUCUGGAUCGUCUCUAUGCUGUUGGCCAUCCCAGAGGCUGUGUUUUCUGAUCUCCACCCCUUCCAUGUGAAGGAUACCAACCAAACCUUCAUUAGUUGUGCCCCCUACCCACACUCCAAUGAGCUGCACCCUAAAAUCCACUCCAUGGCUUCCUUUCUGGUUUUCUAUGUUAUCCCACUGGCGAUCAUCUCUGUCUACUAUUACUUCAUUGCCCGAAAUCUGAUUCAGAGCGCCUACAAUCUUCCCGUGGAAGGCAAUAUACAUGUCAAGAAACAGAUCGAAUCCAGGAAGCGGCUUGCCAAGACAGUACUGGUGUUUGUGGGCCUCUUUGCCUUCUGCUGGCUCCCCAAUCAUGUCAUCUACCUGUACCGUUCCUACCACUACUCUGAAGUGGACACCUCCAUGCUCCACUUUGUCACCAGCAUCUGUGCCCGCCUCCUGGCCUUCACCAACUCCUGUGUGAACCCCUUUGCCCUUUAUCUGCUGAGCAAGAGCUUUAGGAAGCAGUUCAACACUCAACUCCUCUGCUGCCAGCCCGGCCUGAUGAACAGGUCCCACAGCACAGGCAGAAGUACCACCUGCAUGACCUCCUUCAAGAGCACCAACCCCUCAGCUACCUUCAGCCUCAUCAAUGGAAAUAUCUGUCAUGAGGGGUAUGUCUAGACUAACCUUCAACCUUGCCUCUUAAGGAACUCCUGGUAUUGUUCUAUGGAUGUCCAGGAGCCCUGGAAUGAUUGUUGUCUCUAUACCUUCUGAAGACUCUUCAGGAGGAUGAGUGAUACAGACAGGUGGGAGAGAUGUCCAAAUGCAUCAAUCACCAUUAUAUCUCAGAGUAAGCCAGCAGGCUUCAUUUUCCAUCUCAAUUUUGAAGGCUUCUUUUGAUGGAGAUCAAAUCUUCCUUUAAAAAAUAAGGAACACGUUGGAAAUUAUUAUUCAAAGCUCCAAUCCCUGCUAGGCAAGUAUGGUCAAUUAAGUCUUAGAAAUUGUAUGAGCAAAGAAAGCAGAGAAACCAUGCAUUGGGUAUCUGCUCUGUGAGUUAUUUUCUUUAAACAGAAGCUGAUUGCUUUCAAAACAUGGCUUAGCUCUUUUUUCCCCAGAAAUAUCUAUAAUAUGUAAACCAAGGGACAACUUUUAUUUACAUUCCUAAAAUGAAAAGCCAACUCUAAAAAAGAGUCCCAUGUGUAAGGAAUGGACUCCAUUUAUAACAUUAUAAGCCAGUGUAAUAUAAAACAAACCGCUAAAUAUUGACUUUUUUCAAAGAUGUUGCUGAGGACACAGAAGAAACACUCAAUAGAAAAUGUUAAGGCGAAAUACAAGCAACCGGAGAUCCAUGCACAGCUAUGGAGCAAUGACUUAUGCUCAGAUUUCUCAUUUCAUAGAAAUUCUGAUUCUUGUUAACCCAGUUUUGCUCAUUAUAGUAUCCUUCUACCAUAGAAGAUAGAUCUUUUUGUGGGAAAAUGCUCAUUUUGCCAAAGUAGUAACUAUUACAAAUGUAUAAAGGACGGCAUUUACUCUUGAUGUACAUGUUUUGAAUCAAGUGUAUUUGCUUAGGGUUAACUGUCCUUGAUGUAGUAAAGCAGUAGAUUCAAUACAAGAAAGAUAAUUUUUUUUCUGUGCAGAAAUAAAAUCAUGUUUAUAUU